AUAAUCGGCGCCCACGGGCACAGCUUUCAAGUUUCAACGAUGUAGGUCCAGCGUAGGUAGCCUCAGGGCACGCGGCGAUCGUCAGGAACGCAACGAUAUCUGUAGGUCAGGUCGGGAUGGGAUGCGAGGACAUCACGUUUGGAUACCAACCCACCGUUUGCAUACGUACUUGGAAGCUAGAGCUUAGUCCCGGUCAACGGGGGUGUCCCAGUGAUAACGUAAGCGACGUAUUCCUUAUCGAUAAGAAAAAGUUUCCCGCCUCAACGGCAACAGGACCUCAAAUGGGAGAAAUUAGAAGGACGAGUCUUGAACCGCACAUGCGCUUCGGAAGACAAUUGGCGUCCCGUUUUGCGCUUCAGGCUCUAGCAAAAUGGUCAAAUCAUAUUUAAAGUUCGAGCAUCAAAAGUCCUUUGGAGUCGUCGCAUCCAGCACAUCGAACAUCGUAUGGACUUCUAGACAGGGACCCAGUACGGGAGCUGGACAGGCAGUUGUCGCGGCAAACGAAGAAGUUCUAUGCUGGGACAUCAAGAAAGGCGAGCUUCUGAGUCGCUGGAGGGACGAGAAGGCUACUUUGCCCGUCACCAGCAUAGCCCAGAGUCAAGUUGACAAAGACGUCUUUGCGGUCGGCUACGAAGAUGGCAGCAUACGGCUAUGGGACAGCAAGAUUGCGACGGUGAUCGUCAACUUCAACGGCCACAAGUCGGCAAUCACACAGUUGGCAUUCGACAAGUCCGGCGUCCGACUCGCGAGUGGCUCCAAAGACACCGACAUCAUCAUCUGGGACCUCGUGGCCGAAGUGGGCCAGUACAAGCUGCGAGGCCACAAGGACCAAGUUACCGGGCUGCGAUUUGUCGAACCCGAAUCCAAACCAGAGGAAGUUGAAGACGGCGCGCAGGUCAUGGUCCUGGAUGAAGAAGACAGCUCGGAGGGCUACCUUCUUUCGACCGGCAAGGACUCGCUGAUCAAACUUUGGGAUCUCUCGUCCAGGCACUGUAUCGAGACGCACAUUGCGCAAAACAACGGGGAAUGCUGGGCGCUGGGCCUUUCGCCCGACUACAACGGCUGCAUUACCGCCGGAAACGACGGGGAGCUCAAGGUAUGGUACAUCGAUACGGAUGGCUUGGCGGCGAUGAAAGGCCGAGUGGACGCUCCCCAGUCCAACAAGUUUCUACUGGAUCGGGGAACUCUGUUCCGACAGAGCAAGGACAAGGCCAGCGAGGUGGUUUUCCAUCCCCGGCGUGACUACUUUGCUGUCCAUGGCACGGAGAAAUCCGUCGAGAUUUGGCGCAUUCGAUCAGAAGCCGAGGUCAAGAAGGGCAUUGCACGCAAGAGGAGGAGGAGGAGGGAGAGAGAGAAAGAAAAGGAAAAGGGCGGCGACGGUGCUGAUGCCGCGGAUGCGCCGGACGCAGCAGUCGACCUGGCCAACGCCGAGGUUGGCGAUUUCUUCGUCCAGUAUGUGAUUGUCAGGACGGGAGGCAAGGCCCGCUCUGUCGAUUGGGCAAUCGGCGGUGGCCAAAAGGAUAUUCAGCUCGUCGUCGGCACGACCAACAAUCAGCUGGAGUACUACACAAUACCGACGAAAGAACAUGGGUCCAAGUCGAAGAAGGAUGACGUGCCCGACUACACACGGUCCCUCGCAGUGGAGCUGCCAGGCCAUAGGACCGAUGUUCGGUCCGUGUCCCUCAGCUCGGACGAUAAGAUGCUGGCCACGGCAGCGAACGGGAGUCUCAAGAUUUGGAACAUCAAGACGCAGACGUGCAUCAGGACAUUCGAGUGCGGCUACGCGCUGUGCUGCGCAUUCCUCCCAGGCGACAAGGUGGUGGUGGUGGGCACGAAAGGGGGCGAGCUCGAGUUGUUCGACGUCGCGUCGGCAAGUCUCCUCGACAGUGUCUCGGCCCACGAAGGUGCUGUCUGGUCGCUUCAGGUACACCCCGACGGGAAGUCGAUGGUCUCGGGCAGCGCCGACAAGACGGCCAAGUUCUGGACGUUCCGGAUCGUCCAGGAGGAGAUUCUCGGGACCACCCGCACGACACCACGGCUCAAGCUGGCGCAGUCGAGGAUAUUAAAGGUCGCAGAUGACGUUCUGAGUGUUCGCUUCUCUCCGGACGCGAAGCUUCUGGCCGUGGCGCUACUGGACAGCACGGUCAAGGUCUUCUUCACCGACAGUUUGAAACUCUACCUCAACCUAUACGGCCACAAGCUUCCGGUGCUGAGCAUGGACAUAUCCUACGACAGCAAGCUCAUCGUGACGAGCUCGGCGGACAAGAAUAUCAGGAUAUGGGGCUUGGACUUUGGCGACUGCCACAAGGCACUCUUCGGACAUCAGGACAGUAUCCUCCAAGUGGCUUUCGUCCCCCACAACUCGGACGGGAACGGCCAUCACUUUUUCAGCAGCGGGAAGGACAGGGUGAUCAAGUAUUGGGACGGCGACAAGUUUGAACAGAUCCAGAAGCUCCAUGGGCACCACGGCGAGAUCUGGGCCAUGGCCGUCAGCCACAGCGGCACCAUGCUGGUCAGCGCCGGUCACGACAAGAGCAUCCGCGUCUGGCAGGAGACGGACGAGCAAAUCUUCCUCGAGGAAGAGCGCGAGAAGGAACUGGAAGAGUUGUACGAGAAGACGUUGACGACGUCGCUCGAGCGGGACCCGGACGCCGCGGACGAAGACGGCGAGGUGGCGGCGGCCGGCAAGCAGACGGUGGAGACGCUCAUGGCGGGCGAGCGCAUCGCGGAAGCGCUGGAGCUGGGCAUGGCGGACAUCAACCUGGCGCGGGAGUGGGAGCAGGCCAAGCUGACGAACCCGCACGCGCCGGCGCCGGCGCGCAACCCCAUCUUCGUGGCGCUGGGCAACAUUAGCGCCGAGACGCACGUCAUGUCGGUCCUGCAGCGCAUCAAGGCGUCGGCGCUGCAGGACGCGCUGCUGGUGCUCCCGUUCGCGACGGUGCCGAUGCUCUUCACCUUCCUGGACCGGUUCGCGGCGCGGUCCAUGAACAUUCCGUUGACGUGCCGGAUCCUCUUCUUCAUGCUCAAGACGCACCACCAGCAGAUCGUGGCCAGCCGGACCAUGCGGACCAUGUUGGACGGGAUCCGUGCGAACCUGCGGGCGGCGCUGAAGAAGCAGAAGGACGAAAUGGGCUAUAAUGUCGCUGCGCUGAAGGUCAUGGGGAUGCAGAUCCAAGCCAGGAGCGUGAAGGACUAUGUAGACGACACAUGGGAUGAGGAGGCGGAGACUCGGGCUGUAAGGAAACGGGCGUUUGUUCACGUAUCAUAGUUAGAUGGGUGUAUGUAGCGAGAAAAGAAUGCAG